CAUUAAUGAUUAUCGGGUAAAGUUGUAUCAUAUGAUACAAAGAUUUACACUCAUAUGUUUGUGAAAUGAUAAGCUAAAUAUAACGAACUAUUUCAAGUGGAGUAGAUACAAAAUGGCGACAGGACGAAAAGUUUCCGCGCUGUCGGUAAGCGGGUCGGAGGAAGUCUAUGAUUUCGUUUGUUCACUUUGUUCUAAGGAAGGUAAGGACGUGGAGGCCAUUGAGAUAUGCAUGGACUGUGAGCAAUAUAUGUGCCGGCCUUGUUCAGCUCAACCAUGGACGAUUCAAGGCAAUGCGAGCACACAACGUCGUGAAAAAAGACCAAGCGCGGAACUUGUCUUUAUCAAUUCUUGCAGGAUCAGAAGCAGUUGAUUUUGAGUGCACGGUAUGCAAAAUAGAUGAGAAGUACACAGCUGCAAGCGUCUACUGUUCCAGUUGUUUCAAAUAUUUAUGCACUUCGUGUUUAAGUGAUCACAACAGAUUUGGAUUGAUUAAGGAGCAUGAUAUGAAAACCGUCGAAGAAAUUCGACAGGAAGUCGGAAGCAACAAUAUACCUGAUGACGUCAUUGCUAAAACUCCAAAGAAUUGCGCUACAUUUUCCUGUAACACAUGUAGCAAGGAAGUAGAAGUUGCCGGACAACUAUGGGUAUGCAUUACCUGUGGCUUUAGCAAUAUGUGUAAGAAGUGCUGUGACCGGCAUCGACUUUCAAACGUUAAACACCGAACAGUUCCCUUUAAAGAGUUUCAAAUUAUAUACGAGCAGUAUGGUAGAUCCGUCAUGUCCGGCUCAGGGAAGUUUUUCGGACCAGUUUGCUCAGAAUGUUCAGUCAAAUGCGAAGCAAAGAAUCCGACUACUUUCUGCAGUGACUGUAAUGUAUUUUUGUGCAGGGGCUGUAAGCUGAAGCACAAUAGCCACAUAAUGCUUUCUGAUUCCAAAGUUACGAAAAUGGUGUCCGAUGUUAUCGAACAGAUGGAAAAGUUUGACCUAGACUGUAUUGUUUCAAUUUGGACAGAGAAUCGUCCGCAGUUGGAUACUGUGAACAGUGUGACGUCUUUAUUUGUACACGGUGCGCCAAAGUACAUAGCAAUUAUUUCGGACAGGAAAAACAUCGCAUUAUGGGAUUGCGUGAAGUUCGUGCACGGAAAGAAUCAUUCUUUGAAAAAACUUUGCGAAGUACUAGAGACAGUAAUUCCAAGAUCUGUGACUGCUGUAGAAAGAAGGGAAUAUACACGGGAGCAAUGUACCGAUGCUUGGACUGCCAGAGGAACCUUUGCAUGCCAUGUUUAGAUUUUCACGAAACGGCUAUCAAUAAACACAACCUGAUGAAUUUAUUUAACAGAGAAGGAAAAGAGGAAAGUGCUGGGAAACUCAAAGGGACAUUGCAGUCUGUUUCCAGCACGACAGUUGAGUUCUUUCCGAAAAGCGUACAAAGAGAGAAAAUGGCAAUAGUCGCCAUCGAUUUAGGAUCUUCAAGGAGUGGAUACACAAGUAUUGCUUUUGGUAUGAUCAAUGAAAUGGCCGAGGGUUCUAUUACAAAAAUGCAUCUCCUUCAAAAUUGGUACACUGAUUUCGUGUGCACCACAACACCGAAAUCCUGUCUCCUUUUUGAUGAGGAUCAAAAGCCACGUCAUUUCGGUGAAGAGGCAUUUCGUGAAUACAAGGAACUUGAAAGGAAAGGGAAGGCCGACUGCUGGUAUUUCUUUCAUAAGUACGACACAUACCUACGAGACGAAAAUCUUACAGAUAAAACAAAACUAUGUUCUGCAAAUGGGAAGGUUAUGCCUGCGGGGAAAUUGUUUGACGCCUUGAUAGAUCAUCUGAUCAGACAUUUUUUCAGAAUGCGAGCAAAUCUGUAUGAGGCAGAAGAUAUGAAGCUUGUGUUUCUUGUUCCCGAGGAACCAUCCGCCACAGUUUUAUACAUGCUGAAAAAUGCUGCAGUGAAGGUGAAUUAUUUUCUUUACGAUGUAUCAAAAUACCGCAUACUGUCUAGAUGGUUUAUAAAUUUUCGUUACGCUUUAAAGAAUAUGUUAAUACUGAAUAUGAAACAAAAUUGUAUUAAUACUUAAAAUGAAACGUGUAACGCCUCA